AUGGGGGGAUUUGCUGUAGAAGGUGGUGGUGAAAGAUUUAUCCCGUUAGACUCGCCAUUUGCGCUAACUGAUUCUCCACAUCCCCCAAUAUUUGCUGCUAUUUUUCGACGCACUACGGGGGUCAAGGUCGAUUUAAUUACUUUUUUUGCAGAAAAUUUUUAUUUGACCGAAUUAUUUUGUGUCCAAAAAACGCAAAAGUUGACCAUUUCGUCACUAAGGGAAAAAUUUGCUAUUUCGCCACUAAGGGAAAAUCGGGACAUUUCGUCACCUAGGGAAAAUCGAGACAUUUCGUCACCGAGGGAAAAUUGGGACAUUUCGUCACCGAGGGAAAAUUGGGACAUUUCGCCACUCAGGGAAAAAUUUGCCAUUUCGUCACUAAGGGAAAAUCGGGACAUAUCGCCACUAAGGGGAAAUUAG